AUGGCGUCGAUGGUUCCUCCGAUUCCCACCGCCGACGACAACAACAAGCCCGAUGUCAAAGUCGAUUACUCCAACCUCCCUUGUCCCAUUCCCUUCGAAGAGCUUCAUCGCGAAGCUAUGAUGUCGUUGAAACCUGAGCUUUUUGAGGGUAUGCGUUUUGAUUUCACCAAAAUGCUAAAUCAGAAAUUCUCUCUCAAUCACAGCGUGUCGAUGGGACCUACUGAGGUUCCUUCUCAGUCUGCGGAGAUUAUUAAAAUUCCAACUGCUAACUAUGAGUUUGGUGCAACUGUCAUUGAUCAUCCUAAGAUGUUGCUUAUGGGGAGAGCUUUGACUGAUGGCAGGGUAACUGCUAGAGUCAAGUAUGACUUGACUGAGAAUCUCACUGUAAAAGCCAAUGCUCAGCUAUCAAGUGAGCCACAUGCGUCGCAAGGGAUUGUCAACUUUGAUUACAAGGGAAAGGAUUAUAGGACCCAGAUUCAACUAGGAAAUGGAUCUUUGCUAGGAGCAAGUUAUAUUCAGAGUGUCACCAAUCAUUUAUCAUUGGGCGGGGAGGUAUUUUGGACUGGUCAGCAUCGGAAGUCUGGUGUUGGUUAUGCUGCUCGCUACAACACUGAUAAAAUGGUUGCCACUGGACAAAUUGCCAGCACUGGAAUGGCCCUUCUAAGCUAUGUUCAGAAGGUAUCUGAUAAGGUUUCUCUGGCUACUGAUUUGAUGUGCAACUUCAACUCCAUGUCAAGAGAUGUCACUGCUAGCUUUGGUUAUGACUACAUCCUUAGACAGUGCCGCCUUAGGGGAAAGGUUGAUUCCAAUGGCGUCUGUGCUGCAUUUUUGGAGGAGCGGUUAAACAUGGGUCUGAACUUCAUUCUUUCUGCAGAGCUUGAUCACAAGAAAAAAGACUACAAAUUUGGAUUUGGUUUGACUGUUGGAGAAUAA